UUUCAGGAUUGUGACCCAGGUCUUUUGAAAGAGCUGGUUCUCAAGCUGAGAUUAAGUGUUUUUAGCCCUGGUGAUUAUGUGUGUAGAAAGGGAGACAUAGGGCGUGAUAUGUACAUCGUCAAGCGAGGCCUUCUUACAGUCGUCGCUGAUGAUGGUACGACUGUGAUCGCCAACCUUUCAGAGGGCAGCGUCUUUGGUGAGAUUAGUCUCCUCAGUAUACCUGGUUCUAAACUGGGUAACAGACGCGCAGCAAAUGUCCGUAGUGAAGGCUAUUGUGAUGUGUUUGUGUUAUCAAAAGAGGACUUGUGGGAAACGCUCAAAGAAUAUCCUGAAGCUAGAUCAAAGAUGGUGGCGAAUGGACGCAGUAUUUUAUUGAAAAGUAAACAAUUCGAUGAAGAAUUAGAACGGACUGAAAACCUCAGACAGCAACACGGUCAUGAUAAAAUGGCCGACCUUGGUGCCAAAAUGACACAUUUGCAAGUGAAGGUCACAAAAAUGAUGCAAGAUUUUAACAAGGCUCAAGGUAAAUUUAAAGAUAGGAUUAAUACUUUAGAAGAUAGACUUCGACAGUGUACAUGUGAUAAUAAUCCACUUGCAAAUAAAUGUACAACGCAUAAUGAUCAAAGUAAAGAUACGCUAGUAGCCCCAACAGCCAAACACGAAGAACUAAGUGAUGAAAGUUGUUAAUCUACUGACGAAAAUAUUGAUAUUGGUGGCCAAUUCUUUGUUAAAUAAACACCCUCGUGGGUCUUUACUUUACCU